AACACUAUUUUGUUUACUUUAAAUAUUUUCCUAAAAACUUUUAAAACUUUUCUAUGAUAAUUUACAUAAAUCCUAUAGGAUUAUAUCACGGAAAUAACACUACUAUUUGGCGUGAAUUAGUAUCUAUGAUUAUCUUUAUGGCGGUGAAGAAAAACAUUAGAAAUUAAUACGAAAUGCCUGAUCAAAGUUCAUGUAAUAUUUAAUUUUCUUUUGUAAUGACCAAGUCCAGCAUUAUCUUUAGCUUAUCAAUAAUUAACACGUAUCGAUAUACAGAUAUAUGUUAUGUAUAAAAUCAAAGUAUUUAUUUCUUCUGUUCUUAACGCAAAGUGUUUUACAUCUAAUUUUGUCACAAUGAGAAACUCAACUAGCAAUCCUAUAGUAACAGUUGCACAGGGGCAAUUAAAGGGUUCAGUACGUAAUCAUUUGGACGGAUCAUCCUAUUACAGCUUCAAAGGUAUACCCUAUGCACAACCGCCAGUUGGAAAACUUAGAUUUAAGGCGCCAUUACCGCCCAAACCUUGGACGGGUGUAUACGAUGCCAUAAGACAUGGCCCAGUGUGCACGCAAUAUGACAUGGUGACCAAAGAAUUGAUUGAAGGAGAUGACAAUUGUUUGUUUCUCAAUGUUUACACAAAAUCACUUGCAGCCAGUGACAAAUUACCUGUUAUGGUAUUCAUCCAUGGUGGAGCUUACAUGAGUGGAUCGGGCAAUUCACAAAUGUAUGGCCCAGAUUUCCUUUUACAGCACAAUAUUGUACUAGUAACAAUAAAUUACCGACUUGAGUUAUUCGGCUUUUUAAAUCUCGAAAUUCCUGAGGUGCCAGGAAAUGCAGGUCUCAAAGAUCAGGUCGCCGCCUUCAAGUGGGUGAAAACCAAUAUAGACAAAUUUGGCGGUGACCCGAACAAUGUCACAAUUUUUGGUGAAAGUGCUGGUUCAGCGUCAGUCUCGUGUCAUCUCAUAUCACCAAUGUCAAAAGGUUUAUUCAACAAAGCUAUAAUGCAAAGUGGUACGUGCAUAGAUGACUGGGCAAUGUCUGGUGAGGCAAAACGGAGAGCUUUCAUAGCUGGCAGAGCUAUAGGAAAAGAUACAAAUAGUACACAAGAAUUAUUGGAGUUCCUUCAAAGUGUCCCUACCAGUAAACUGGCCGGACUUACGUUUCUAUCGAGGAUUAACGAUGAGAAAGAGAGAGGCCUACCUAUAUAUUUUACUCCCACGAUUGAGAAGAAGUUUAAUAAUGUAGAACCUUUUUUAACUGAACAUCCACUGGACGCUUUGGCUGCAGGAAAUAUCAACAAAGUGCCAAUAAUAAUUGGUUAUAAUUCAUCUGAAAGUAUUUUGAUGAUAUCAGACUUUUUGAAGAAAGUGGACACUAAAAAUAAAUAUCCGGAAUAUCUUGUACCUAAAGAAAUUGCAUAUAGACUGCCAAAUGAAAAAGUGAAAGAAUUUGGUGAGAGAAUUAAAAGGUUUUAUGUUGGUAACAAGGAUUUUUGUACAGAAGUGUCUAACGCACAAGUCGAUAUGUUAUCUGAUACAUAUUUUACAUAUAGCAUUAAUAGAUUUUCAUACUUGUACAGUAAAUUAAAUCAACCAAUUUAUAAGUAUGUUCUAAACUAUGAUUCCGAUUUGAAUAUGCUUAAGUCACUAUUAGGGCUGGCGGAUUUGGAUGGCAUGUGUCAUGCUGAUGAACUGUUUUAUUUGUUCUCAAAUAAUACUACAAAAGAUAUAUACAAAGAGCAGAAAAGAGUUCAGCAAUUGGUGUUCACGUUGACAAAAUUAUGGACAAACUUCGCUAAAGUCAGUGAUCCAACCCCAGAUCAGAGUCUCGGUGUGAAAUGGAAACCGUUUACCACCUUCAACAAGGAGUAUUUAAAAAUUGAAGAACCUCUGUCGAUGGGUCAGGACGCCAACCGGGAGAGAAUGGAAUUUUGGAACAAACUGUUCUGCGAAGCGGGCCUUCCAUACAUUGCUGCUGGCAAGAGCAACCUGUGAUUUAGUUAUUAGUAAUUGAAUUAUUAGAUUAAUUUAUAUUAUAUAUUUUAUUUGUAUAUAUGGUACAAUAACAUACACUCGAUACAUAUCAAUCUCUGUAACAAUAAGUCAUUUUCAUAUUAUUUGGCUUAUCAGCCUAGCCUAGUAACCUGCAACUAUAAAUAUAACUAUAUAACUAGAAAUAUCUAGUUUUCCAUUAAAACAACUAAUUUAUUAUGUACUGGCCACCUGACAUGACAUCCUGAGGAUGUAUUUGUUCUGAGGAUAGAAAGAAUUACCAUCUUCCCAGUGUAACAGUACUGAGGUGUUAGUGUUACUCCUGUAGUAUUACUCCCGUAGUAUAACUCCCGUAGUAUUACUCCUUUAGUAGUACUAUUCUCAGUAUGCCUACACUACUCUUUGUUACUUAAAUAUUUCAAAGAAAAUGUACUAUGUUAAGUACAUACAUUUGUUCAUGUACAGACCUGUUUAUGUAACAGUGUCAACCUUCAAAAAUCACUAAAGUGAUAUUUAUAUAGUAUCUGAAGUCCACAAAUAUAGCUGAUGAUAUUUGUUUAACUUAUCAGUACUUUUGUAUACAAAAAAUAGUGAUAUCUGGAUAUAAUUAGGUGUAUUACAUAUUUACGUGUUUAGUUUUAUAUUUAUAUAUAUACUUUUUUUAAUAUAUGAACUUGAAUGUAUAAUUUUUUGUUAUAGUUACGUAAACAGCUGCAGGUAGCUUAUCUAUAAAGAUCAGGGUAAAAAGUAUUUAUGUACUAGUCUAGGAUAUGGAUUUCAAAUCCAUACGCAGUUUGAAUGGUUAUUUAUAAUAUUAAUAGUAAAACUACUUGUAGUAUGACUACAUGGGUAAACCCAGAAAUAGUGACUUGUUAGUCCAGCAAUCACUGAUAUUAUGUACAGGUGGUAUAAGCGUAUUUAGAGGAAAGGGGGGCUCAUCAGAACGCGAGCUACGUUUCAUAUGUAGCUCUCCCUCCCCCCUGUUCCCCCUUAAAAUAUAAUCUAAUAUAAAUACGUCAGUGAUAGUUAAACUGUUGACUAGUUCUAUUACUAGAUAUAAUUAUAUUACUGAUGUUCAUUUGUUUAAUUAUUUUAUUUAUUGGUUUGGUGUUAGUUUCUAAGUAUAAAUGAUUUCACAUAAUGACAACUCACUGUUUAGCAUGGGUCAUGAGAAGAAUAAAAUAAAAUGGUAGUGUAAUUUUAAAUUUUAAUGUACAAAAUGUGAUGGAUGGAAAGGGUAGGUAGAAUAGGUAGGUAAGGUAGGUAGAAUAGGUAGGUAAGGUAGUUAGUAAGGUAAGGAAACUGUGAUCAAUUUAAACAAUAGUUUUAAAAUACCCCUAUAAUUAUUUUGAUAUGGACGAUCCAUAUUUCUUUUUUUUUUUUUACAACACAGAAGGCAAAUGUGUAUGCGGCUCACCUGAUGGUAAGUGACCACCGCUGCUCAAGAUCACCCGCAACUUUAGAGGUAUCGCAAUUUCUUGGUGAAUGUUGGCAAGUUUUAUGGAAACUUUUUUUUUUAUUUUAAAUAAUGACUAAUAUGUACUACUAUUUAGUUUAUUAAAGAAUUUUUUUUUUAUUUAAUAACUACCGGCUUAACUUACGUGUAAUUAGAUCGAAAAAGCUCGACUAGUUUCGGAAUCAAUUCGUGAUCUUUAGUCGUGGGCGACUGUGACGCCAGCACGAGUUUAUUAGAAAUAUUAUUUGUUAUGAAAUAUUGAAAUCUUUGUCACAAUGACUUAUAUUUUUUUUUUUGAAAUAAUUGUUAUCAAUUAUUUAAUAUUUAUCGAGAUUAUUUUUCAUAUUUAUUGUUAGCAUACCGAAAUAUUUUUAUAACCGUAUGUUUUGUUUUAUAUAACUUAGAAUGGCAAACAAGCUGACGGCCCAUCUGAUGGAAAGUGGUAACCGUCGCCUAUAGACAUGAGCAGUACCAUGGACAUAACAGAGUAUACUGUUUCGCCCAUGAUACCUCCCAUGCGUUGCCAUUCCUGAGUACUCAGGUGUUAUUCCUCUGUACCCAGUAAAUUCACACCAUAUCCCACCCUGUAAACCGAAACACAGCCAUGCAAACACAACUGCUUCACGGUUGAAACACGAAUGGGAUAGAGGUACCCAAGCAAUCGACUUUUGACACAAAGUCUCCCUCGGGUAAAAAGUAAUAUGGAAAAAUUUAACAGCACUAAUACCUUUGAUAUAUUUCUAAGCAAAUAUGGAAGAAUGUGGUAGAAUAUGUAUACCUAUAAAAUUAUUCGUUGAUUAUUUCUUAUCUUAAUCACUUUUAUCGCCAUUUUUAUGGUUAAUUGAGAAUGCGGUAAAAUAGGUAUACACAUAUAAAUUAUAUGGUUGAUUAAUUGUAAUCACUUAAAUCGUCAUUUUACUGAUUCGUUUGGUUAGAAAUGAUUUCUAAUGAAUCAAAGCCAACCAAAUCAAAUCUACAAAAAAUAAAUUGUAUAUGGUGUUUUAAAUGCUCGGAAUAUAUUAUUUCAAUAUAUUUUAAUAAGGUAUUUUUUACUUGUAUUAUCUGUGAUGAAAAUAUAUUGUUUUUUUUAUU